CAUAGCCGGUGACCAAUGGCGUCGGGCACCAGGGAGGAAGCUCCCAGUCCCAGCUCGCCCGUUGUGGUCCAAACUAACUCUCCACGGGAGAUGGAUGCCCGGCUGCUAGCGCUGGUCUGCUCAGGCACUUUCCAGGAUCUAGAAUCAUUCCUCGACGGACAAGACCACCAAGCAUCUUCCGUCGUCGGAGGGUCGGCGGCACGGCGACCUUCCGGUGACGACGAGGAAGCAUUUCUCAGAGAGUCGGUCCUGGACGGGGUCACCGUCGGAGGCGACACUGUUCUCCAUGUAGUCGCCACCAAUGGUGACUCUCAAGACUUCUUGAAGAAAGCCGGCCUCGUCCACAGGAAGGCACAGAACCUCCUCUGUGCGCAGAACAAUGACGGAGAUACACCCCUGCAUUGUGCGGCACGGGAGGGGAACUUCGCCAUGGUGUCUCUUCUCAUUGAUCUUGCUAGAGGCCAGGAUGACAAUGCUAACAGUUUGAAGGCAUUGCUGAGAACAGAAAACAAGAUCAAAUGGACAGCCUUGCAUGAGGCUAUCAAGUCUCUCCCUGUUGGGCACGAUGAUAUGGUCGAGUUGCUCAUGAAGAAGGACCCGCAGUUGGCCAGUUUCCCGAAAGAUGGCACGUCGCCAUUGUACCUGGCCAUCUUGGAGGGGAAGAGUUUCAUCGCGGAAACACUCUAUGAGUUGAGUGGCGGGGUGCUCUCAUACUCCGGACCAAAUGGACAAAAUGUACUGCAUGCUGCUGUUCUCCGAGGCGAAGGUAAAUGUGUUUUUCACCUGCCAUUUUUCUUGUACAUUUUUUAAAUAAUAUGUCCAGUUUAAAAUACAUUUGCUUCAUUACAUUUUGGAUUCAGGACCAUUAGUGUAUUGUUUGAAGCAAGGUUAUGCGACGAGUUCUAAGUUCUAAAAACAUAUAGAUUUGUGUGCUGGAAUAAUCCAAACAUAGUUUUUAUCGGUAUAUGUUAGUUUUGGAGUUUCAUAUCAGAAUCUGUGUCGAGUAAGUAAACGAUUCAGAGUUUAGGCAGUCACUGAAUAGGCUAUAUAUGUGAAUACGCAUAGCUUGUACACCACCAGAAAACAAGAAGAGAAAUAAAGAUAAAAAAGA